GUUAAGUUACCAAAAAUUGAUUUGCCAACUUUUGAUGGAAAUGUGUUACAAUGGCAACCAUAUUACCAAUCUAUUGAGGUUUAUGUUAUCAAAAACCAAUCCUUGGCAGAUGUCCAAAAGUUAGAAUAUUUAAUGAGGUCAUUAAAGGGAAAGCAGCUGAAACUGUUUGAG